CGCCUGGCGGCGCCUUCCCCGUGUCAGUUGGCGGAGUCCGGAGCCGGAGCCUGAAACAAAAGCGGGAGGCGGCGGCGGCGUUGGCGGCGGGGCUCCUGCGAGUUCGCCCGGCUGAGGCGCGCGAGCGGCGUCGUCCGAGAGAGAGGAGCGUCCGUGAGGGAAACUUUCUCCGCGCUUCCUUUCUCCUCACGCGGAGGCUCCGUCGGCGGGAGGCGAGGGAGCCGGACCGGCCUCCGGCUCCAGGGCGCCCGGGAGGAGGGCUCGCCUCAGCCGCCGCUGCUUCCGGAAGGCGGCUCCGCGGGCACCGCCGCCGGAGAACAGCGCUCUUUCUUUCCCCCGCCCGCAAAAGAAGCGGAGAAGCCGAGCGGUUGCUCGGGGGUCCCCUUCGCCGAGAAGGGGGCGAAGGCGGGCGGGCGGGCGGGCAGGCAGGGGCCGCCGGCCGCGCCUCUCGGGAGCGGGGCGCGAUGGAUGACCAGCCCCGUCUGAUGCACUCGCACGCCGGCGUGGGCAUGGCCGGCCACCCGGGCCUGUCCCAGCACAUGCAGGACGGGGCCGGGGGCGCCGAAGGCGAGGGCGGCCGCAAGCAAGACAUCGGGGACAUUUUGCAGCAGAUCAUGACCAUCACCGACCAGAGUUUGGACGAGGCGCAGGCCAGAAAACAUGCUUUAAACUGCCACAGAAUGAAGCCAGCACUUUUUAAUGUUUUGUGUGAAAUCAAAGAAAAAACAGUGUUGAGUAUUCGAGGGGCUCAGGAGGAGGAACCAACAGACCCACAGCUAAUGCGACUGGACAACAUGCUUUUAGCAGAAGGGGUAGCAGGCCCUGAAAAAGGAGGGGGUUCAGCCGCUGCGGCUGCCGCAGCCGCAGCAUCUGGGGGUGCCGGCUCGGACAAUUCUGUGGAGCAUUCGGACUACAGAGCAAAACUAUCUCAAAUUCGACAGAUCUACCACACCGAGUUGGAGAAAUACGAGCAGGCAUGCAACGAGUUCACCACUCACGUGAUGAAUCUGCUGCGAGAGCAGAGCAGGACCCGGCCCAUCUCACCCAAGGAGAUAGAGCGGAUGGUCAGCAUCAUCCAUCGCAAGUUCAGUUCCAUCCAGAUGCAACUCAAACAGAGCACAUGCGAAGCUGUCAUGAUCCUGCGCUCCCGAUUUCUCGAUGCACGGCGGAAAAGAAGAAAUUUCAACAAGCAGGCUACAGAAAUCCUCAAUGAGUAUUUCUAUUCCCACCUCAGCAACCCAUACCCCAGUGAGGAAGCCAAAGAGGAGCUAGCCAAGAAAUGUGGCAUCACAGUCUCACAGGUAUCAAACUGGUUUGGAAAUAAGCGAAUCCGGUACAAGAAGAACAUAGGUAAAUUUCAAGAGGAAGCCAAUAUUUAUGCUGCCAAAACGGCUGUCACUGCUACAAAUGUGUCAGCCCAUGGAAGCCAAGCUAACUCACCCUCAACUCCCAAUUCAGCUGGUUCUUCCAGUUCUUUUAACAUGUCAAACUCUGGAGAUUUAUUCAUGAGCGUGCAGUCACUCAAUGGGGAUUCUUACCAAGGGGCCCAGGUUGGAGCCAACGUGCAGUCACAGGUGGAUACCCUUCGCCAUGUUAUCAGCCAGACAGGAGGAUACAGUGACGGACUCGCAGCGAGUCAGAUGUAUAGUCCGCAGGGCAUCAGUGCUAAUGGAGGCUGGCAGGAUGCUACAACUCCUUCGUCAGUGACCUCCCCCACAGAAGGCCCUGGCAGCGUUCACUCUGAUACCUCCAACUGAUCUCCCAGCAAUCCGGCAUCCCUGGCUGCCCCCACCUCCCUGCACCUGGCAGAAGUGGGGGCCGAGAAGGGAGGGGUUUUCUCUCCUAAUGUUGACGCCAUCAGGCUGGAUCCAGAGCUGAUCGGCAGACACAGCAAGAGUCUCCUUCUCUUCUCUCGGUUGGGAUGCUUUUUUUCAGCCAAUCUGGACACUACUUUAUACUCUCUUCCCUUUCUUUUCUGGGUAGAAGCCACCUCUCCUUUUACUCCUUUUUACAUCGCCCAUUCUCUCACACCAGAAUAUUUUUUCAACCUGAAGGAAACAAACAGCCUCUAGAAGUAUUUGUGCAUUUUCAUGAUAUUUUCUUUUUUUUCUUUUGAGGAGUCAGCCUUUACCUCCCUCCGGCCUAUCUGGCAUCCACCUCCUUCUGUUUCUCUGAUGUUCGCACUACCUCUUUGCAGGAGCCACCUAAGCCCUUCCCCCUGGCCUUUUGGGCGCCAUUCCUCCUCCUCCUCCUCCUCUUCCAUGUAAGGACAAUUGUCUGUUCUUCUUAAGACCCUGAACCCUUGGUGAAAUUGCCUUCCAGGAUAUUCCCCGUUACAGGUUGGAUAAAUGCAAUUCGGGUACUGCAAAGGUAUGUCCACAACAUGCCACAACAUGUAACCAAGAUGACCAGGAGAAUGCGGGCAGAUCUACUUCUUACCAUCCCGUUGUGCCUUGAAUCAAGCCCCAGUCACGUCUCCUGCCAUUGGUCACUGCCGCUGUUUCCCAUUCUGCACCCCCACCCCAGAACUGUAAAAUUAGGGCCACGCAUGCUUUCGCACCAAGGAAAUUCACGUUUGGGUGCUUGGAAUAAAGCAAUGCAAAUGAAGUCAAUUUGCAUAAUUUAUUCCAGCUCCAAUAUUUGUGUUUCAAAGAUUUGCAGGGGGAAAUGCUUAGGCGUUUUGUAGGAAAGCUUAGAAUAAUUAGGGGAAAGUAGGGGAAACUGGAUAAGGGCAGAGCGAUGGGAGCCAUGCACAGCACAGAGGCAUUCAGCAUUUUACCCUCAUAUUUCUGAGCCUUAUCCAGCUAUUGCCUACAUCCUUCCUAGUGUUUGUGCACAGCCAUGCUGUUUAGAAUCUUGCUUUUUAAAAAAUGACAUCUGAACUUCUCAAGAUGCCACAUUCUAAGCAAGGUAUCCAACUCUGGACUUGCACAGUGAAGCUGCAGAAAUCGCAACAUACCCACAGCCCUGAAUACACUCUUACCAUUUAACUGCUUAGAGGCCAUUUUGGCAUCUAAGCAGUAUUCAAAUUAUAUAUUUAAAAAAAUCUGUUAAUAGGGAGAGGAAAGUGAGAGCCCAGCUCCUGAUGUUAAGGUCCUAGGGUGCACAUUGUAUUUUACUUGUGCACAUAGUCAACAGGGAUUGCGCUUGUGUAGCUUCACACCUUACUUAUAGGUUUGUGAAUGGAUCCUUGCUAAAAUGGUUACGGUUGUCUUGAUCUUGAAAAAGAGAAUUAUAGUUUGGCUCUCCAUUUUCCUAGUGGAAAAAUAAACAAUAAUAAGGAAAUAGGCAGACUAGUUUGGCCUUCAUAUUGGACCCACAAAAACCCUUAAAACAGAUACCUCUUUGACUAGCAAAUUAUGAAAAAGAUAUUUGCAUGCCAGAUUUAAAUUAUUACCUGUUCUCAGGCAAAGCCCUCCUCCCACAGGGCAAAAAGAGGUAGUUGGCCCAGAUGGCAGAGAGGGAGACAGACAGACAGACAGACAAUUUCAAUGUGGCUUGCUCACAAGCAUUUCCCAGUGGAUUGUAUGCCAGUCAGCAAGAGAGGACACCAUUGGCAUCUACUGCCUGAAGUAUGCAAGUGUUUUGGGGCUUCCCUACCUUUGAUGGUACAGAGGCUGUGAAAAUAUGUCUCAAGUGCUCUUUCACACCUUUAGAGGGACGAAGAGAUACAAAACAAUCUCAGCUAUGGGCCAUGGCAUGUUAGUGGCAAGUCAAAGAAGUAGGAAGCAACUGAGAGCCUCAAGAAUUGCAUCCUCUGGCCCAACAUCUGUUGCCUUAUGAUGGCACUUCUUCUCAACAGGGUGGGUUGAAGCUGUGGUUUUGAUGUUUUCUAGAGCGGCACACUCACAAUCACUCCAUGAAGAUCAAAGCUCCUUAGCACUCCCAAGUCUCCUUGCCCCUUGUAAUUGGGAUGGUUAAUGUGCGUGUGAAGUUAGGGGGCUUCUGUCUAUGUUGUGAUCAUCUGAGAAAAGAAGACUGAGGUGGCAAAUAGCCAAGAUUGAUCAAUGCAAAUUGAAAAAAGCCAAGUCUGAGAUGCUCCAAAGAGCUCUGGUCCACCCACCUCAGUGCUUUGUAGCUGCUAAGGAGGGGCAAAGCUGAUUUUGUUGGUGCAAUCCUGUGCAUGCAUCCUCAGGUGCAAGUCCCACUGAAUUCCAUAGGACUUACUCCCAUGUAAGUGUGUAUAGGAUUGCAGGCUGUGUCAGCAUUAGAACCCUACCCUUCCCUUGUGAACAUUCUAUGAAGCUUCCGUAUAUCGAGUCAGAACAUUAUUCCAUCGUGUCCUUAUUUCCCUGACCCACUGGACGCACCUGAGAUUAAAGCCAAUUGAGCACUACAAUUUGUUGACCCGAGGUGGUUGGUACCUCUUAGGAAGUGCGAAUGCCUGUAUUCAGUUUCCUGAUGUAAUUAGCAUAGUUUUGAUUAACUGCGUUUCUUGUAUGCUCUUUACUCCGUAUCUCUCCUUGCAAUGUUCACGUGGACCAUUGUAUCAUCGGCUGUAAUGUGUGAACAAGAGGCAUAAUUCACUGGAAAGCAAAUCUUAUUCAAGACCCAUUUAAAUGUGUAGGUGGAUAGUCUUGUGCAGUAACAUUCACUACUUUAACCUCGUACUGGACAAGGAUCUGAAUUUUAUCAUUUCACUUGCGUGGCAGUAGAGACACGGGAGAUAAAUGGAUCUGCAUUUAUCUGCCUGUAACAACAUAUCUUCCUCCUUCUGGUCUGUCAUGGUAUACGGUACUAACUCCUUAAUGGUACAUACACUGGUAGUGGUUCUCUGCAUAUCCAGAUUUACUAUUUUUAUUUUUAUUAUUAUAUUGAUUAUUAUUAAUAUUGGUUAUUUUGAUUACCUGUGAGCUGCCUUUUUCUCAUACACUUUUGCUUCAUUAUUUUCUGCCCAGAAAACCCCGACUUCGAUACCAAAAACAAAAAAAAUUAAAAACUGCAGAAACUAAAAAAAAACUUAAAAAUUUUAAAAAAAUUAAAAAAUUCAAAUCUUUCAGCUUUAUUAACAUUUUCCAUUGUUUCUUGCGAUUUGUGUCUCGUUCUUUGUAGUAUUGAUGAUAAUGAACAUUUGAUAAUGAAUGUUCUUGUAUAUUCAGAUAAAGGGAAAAAAACCAAAAAAGCAGUCUGAAUUUAAUAGUGUUUAUAAUAAAAAUAAAAUAAAAAGUUACCCUCAUAGCACGCAUCAAAGGACAGGCCCCCCCAUCCUGUCUUUACUGUGGCAAACAAGCUCUUCAUACCUGUAUAGUUUUUAACACCAAACUACCUACAUUCACCCUUCCUUUGUUUCCAUUUUUUAUUAUUAUUAUUUCCAUGCAUUUGUGAAUUAGUUCAAGAAUGCUAGAAAAGUGUAGAGUUGUGCACAUUCAUUUCCUGUUACACAAUGUUUUUUAAAAAAGUGACAGUAAUUCAUUUUGUAAAACUUUUAAAAAUGGUUGGAAUAGUGAGCAUAAUAGGUACACCUGAUACUUUAUGUUUACUAACUUUGAAAGCCAGAAUUUAUUUUUCUUUUCCAUUCUCUGUUUUGCAUUAUUUGAAGGAGCUUUUAUUUUAGGGCCCAAUCCUCUGGGAAGUUAUUCAGGGCAAGCCCCACGGACAUGAAGGGGAGCUGCACCACAAAAUCUCCUGCACAGCUCCAGUUCAUUUCAACAGGGCAUGACCCACGGUUCAGUUUUGUUUUUUGUCAGACUACGGCCUUGAAAAAAAACAUCUUCCCUGCUUCCUCACUCCUUAAACCUUUUUUACUAUAUUCAAAGUGAUGUGAAAAGCUUCAUUAGCAAAACGCAAAACAAAAAAACCAUCUAAUUAUUUCCCCCCUGUAUUUGCAUGAUUUGUUCUUUUAAUAAAAAUAUUAUUAUUAUA